AUGCACGCGUUGUUUGGUGAACAGAGCCCGUAUGCGUACCGCGGAGGAGCCGCUGGUGGUUAUUCAGCCGGUGUCACACCUUAUGCCUACGAACAAUACCGCUAUGGAUAUGGAGCUCCUUACCUUCACCCCCAUCAACAGCACGUUGGUGCACCCAAAGACAUGGUCAAGCCACCUUACUCUUAUAUAGCACUCAUAGCUAUGGCCAUACAAAACGCUCCCGAACGACGUAUUACCCUCAACGGUAUUUACCAAUUUAUUAUGGAAAGAUUUCCUUACUACAGAGAAAACAAACAAGGCUGGCAAAACUCUAUAAGACACAAUCUAAGCCUCAAUGAGUGCUUUGUGAAAGUGGCAAGAGAUGAUAAAAAGCCUGGUAAAGGCAGUUACUGGACUCUGGAUCCCGAUUCGUAUAACAUGUUUGAUAAUGGCUCGUACUUACGCCGACGGCGUCGAUUUAAAAAGAAAGAUGCGCUUAGAGAAAAGGAAGAAGCUUUAAAGAGACAACAACAGUUGCAACAAGCUCAGGAGGCACUCACCGCGCAGGAGGCACUCACUGCAUCGGACACUCUAGGACAGCAGCGUGACGUUAAACCUGAUGUCAAGCCACGAAUCUUCGAAUGUCGACCGAAACGAGAACCCGGAGCGGACUGUGCAAGAUAUGACAAACCCGUCGACAGUCUUGACGACUUCAGUGAACCUCGACUUCCAGCUUCCGCAGUUUACUGUUCCCCUCAACCGUAUUCGCUGGUGGCCGAAGAAUUUCGUGCCGCUACUUCGGGGUGGUACGCGGCGCCCGAACCUCCAGCGGAGCAACUGCCACCGGCGUUCCGUGACCUCUUUGAGCCGCCAAGCUGCCAACUAGCCGGGUUCCGCAGUGGUUCACCCGUACCAGACGCGUACCGUGCGUCGCCACCGCCACAUCACCACUAUCGCACACCGGCACCUUCCUACUACCACCACCAAGCCUGCGUCGCCGCCGGUCCUGCGCCAGCACAUAAGUCCUACUGAGACCUAGCUCUCAGGAGGCCGGCAUCGCUCGGCGCCGAACGGAUUUAGCCGCACGCGUCAGUUCCAGAGCGGAUAAAUAUAGCGCAGUAGCCGGAGAUGCCGUGGAGGCAAGUGGCGGCGCGUCGAUAACCACUGUUUACAGAUCGGCGGCCGACCCUGCCGCCUCCCGCUCCGUUCACACCUAUAGGUAUGGCGGAACAAGAAGAUAGCGGGAGGCUGAGUGCAGGGGUGACGCGAAUAUUUAACGUGUCUGGAAGAGACGGCGACAUAGUGUUGUAAGAACAAUAUUCCACGUGGUGCACAUAUUGUAGCAAACGUCUCGUGUUUGUAAAGUUCAAGCUAUCAUCGUAUCUCCACAAGAGAUAUUAUCGAAUGAUGGCACCCGAAGACUUAUUUUAGUAUGUAUAUUCGUUUACCUAUGAACUUAAUAUAAUUAAUAGAUAGGACGAAAUCCGAUAAUUCCGAAGUAACGUAUCGUUCAUUAUUGUCGUAGGCCGAACAUUAAUUACAGUAUUACCCGUUGAAACAGUAUUAUGUACAUGAACGCUGUACGUACCACAUGAUCUGUAAACAAAUCUUAUUAGAUAAAUGUAAAUAUUUAGUUAUUAAUACCUAGUAAGUGUAUGAAGCGUAGAUUCUCCCCUGUGAAAAAGUAAUAGUUUUUGUGAGAACAUAUUUAGGGGAUGUGCUGUUAUUCUAGUCUGCUACUUUAGGCAAAGUAUUUGUGUAAUAGAUGUAUACAGAAACAUGCGAAUAUAUAAAACGAAAUAAACUUCUAAUGUACAUGGAUCUACAUAUAUCGUAACGAACGAAAUGAUAUCUAAC